GCUUGGGAGAGGAAGUGAGAUGCCGGGCGUCGGGAAUUUGGCAACGUUAAAUGCGGGAACAGGGGCUCGCUUUCUCCGGUCAGACGGCGAGCUGGGUCUCAGCUCCUUUUGGGGUAGGAAAGAGAGGGAGCAAGCAAAAGCAGAACCUGAACCCCAAGGAUCCUCCCCGCCCCAGAGUGACCCACUGGAUUUGAGGGAGAGAAAUCUCUCUGACUGCCGGACAGCAGAAGAUAACUUUUCCAAUAGAGGCACCAGUCCCUUAAAACCUGAGCAGAUGCUGUUACAUGCUGAGGUGACAGUGGGACUGGUAGAUGCAAAACCUAUCUCCGACAAUACCAACAUGAAGAAAAGGAAAAGUUCUCUUUCUGGAAUGGACGGCUGUGAGAACAGCUCCAGAAGCCCUGGGGAGCAAGUUAAGAUGGUCGGCUGUGCGGAAGAGCAACACACCCAGUCUCCCCAAAGGAUGGAAGAGGAAGAAAUGACCUGCGAGCCCUUGAGAACCACCACUGUCUCUAGAUUUCUUUCUGGGGCAGUCCUGAGUCCUAAGAAACGAAAGCUGGUCUUGCACAUUGAUUUGAACAAUACCAUCCUGGUCUCGGAUUCAGUUACCAAGCAGGACCCCAGUGCUGCUUUAAACUAUUACCUGAGUACUGUGACCUGGGGAAAACUUAGCCAUACAGGUGAGUGGCAGUGGGUCAGUGAGUCCCCCUCUUUGCAUCCUCCCUGCCAAGGUGCUGUGAGUUUCUAUUCUCAGUAUGGCCGCAACACCAAAUUCACGGAGACACCCUUAGGGAGGCAGUUCCGGGACCUUCACAGGCACCACUUGAAGCUGCUAGAAUGGCAGGGCCAGCCUCACCCUUGGCUCUCCAUCAAAGGUGAGCAGACCAGGCACUACCACUUGGUGCUGCCUGCCUUCUUCUACCUCCUGGAGAGCUUGCAUCGAGAAGGGAGGGAGUUUGCGGUCAUCUUCCGAACCUUCGGCACAGACCUGCCUCAGGUCCUGCAGGCGGUGAGCUGCGCCCUGGAGGGGCAGCACCCCAGCUUCCCUGCCCUGGGAGGCAUCUCGUUGCCUGUAGAUCUGAGAUCUGGAAGGAUACGUUGCAGCAAGAAAAACGUGGUGUUGACUCAUGGAUCCGAGCAGCUCUCCAGCAACGAUGGGUGCAGGAAAAUGUAUGCCUACUUCAGCUCCAGGGAAGGCCUCUGUGGUUUCCAGGAUCAUUUUGAAUGGUGGGCAAAGAAGAAUUACUCCAGCCAAGGUGGAAAGCCCAUUUGGAUUGAUCCUCAGGACCCAAGAGUCCAGCAUAUCUGCAUAGAUGACAAUAUUCGACUGACUGAUUCCGACACCAUUGUCCAUCCCCAGAUCUUCUUAGGGCAAGGAAGUGACUGUCCCCAGACAACUCCUACUUCGGAGCUCUAUGACAUCUGCCUAGUUCAAACAGACCUUCUGGAGGCCAUUGCUGAUGUGAACUAUUUCUGCCACUGCAUAAGACGCUGUGAAGAGAAUUAUGAAAGCUACUUGUCCAGAGCUGGGGCCUGCACCUAGUGGGGCUGGCUGAGUGGUCCCAAGCCCCUUUGUGGAACUUGCAAAGGGAGAAAAGAACUUGAAGCUCCCAGCUGGCUGUGGCUUGUAUGCAUACCCAAUGAAGUCAGUGUUCUUGUUUUAACUUCCUGGUGAGGGCUCCAUGCUGGAAGCUCCUUGACAAGGAAGCACGCUGCCUGUUUUCUCUGUUGCUGCCUGAAUCAGAGCACCUAAACAGAGGGGAUUGUCUUUUAUUUAUAAUAUUUAUUCAGCACUUAGUGGGGAGAGUUUCUUGCCCUACAGAUGAGUGAGCUCCAAGAAGCGUGUAACCAAUUCACAGACUGCACUGGGCUCAGCCAUAAUGCAGAGGAAAAAUGACUGUUCUGUUACCCAGCCUUUCCUUGCAAACAUUAAAAUCAUCUCCAACUGUUCUUGUUGGUGCCCUGGCUGUGAUGGCUUCUGACCCUGAAAUAUACAGCCUGUGCUAAGUAAGCCCUUGUGGGAUAGGCUGUAGAGAUUUAACAUUUGCUUCUAGGGCAGCCAGACAGGGAGUUCAAGAAGCCACAGAUUUUUGUGAUUUUAUUCAGUUUUCCAUCGCAUCACUUCCAAGAUUAUCAAUGACCCUGCUGGAUUCCCAGUAUUUGAUCUAACUGGGUUUUGCUCUCUGUCAGCAUUGAUCUGCACGCAGAAAGAAUCCAGCUGUUCAGAAAGAAAUGGAGGCUAAUUUUACUGGCUGGAGAAAAGUGACCCAGGUUUUGCUUUGUAACCAGCCCCUUCCUGUUCCCUACUAUAUGGGAAAAAGGCCUUUUUUCCCUUAAAAGCAGCCCCCCACCCCCGUUUCUUCUGCCAAUUCACUCUGUUGUCACUAUGUGGAGAAUACUUUUGCUCACAGGAUCCUUCUCCCCAAAGCAGGAGGGCAGGAUUUGGUUUGUUGUUUUGGAUAUGAGCCCAGAGUUUUAGGUGUUGCUUGAAAAAAUAGCUUUAACUCCCCAGCAGUGGGAGUUAGAGGGAGUCUUUUGCUGGAGCUCAGCAAAAAGCAAGCUGUUUUUUGCAAGUCAGUUCUUGUUGUCUGUUCCUGGCCUUUUAAGUGGUACUUCGUUCUUGGAGAUCACCUGGUCCAAUCUAGCAGAAAGAAGGAAGACACUGAAUUAUGUUGUAAUUUUUAAAAAUCAGAAAUUUUUGCAGCAUCUGUAGCUCAAUUUUCUAUUGUCCUGCUGACAAAGUAAAAUAAUCUCAUAGAUUUGCAUAGACCAUGUAACCUGCACGGCAGAUCCACUUUUAUUGUGGAGUGUAAUUUCUCUUGUCCCUUUAAUUCCAGGUAGUUAGAAAGCUUUUCAUGGAGAAUAUCUAUCUAUCUGGUCGCUAAGGGUCAACAAGGACU